AUGUCCGAAUUCGAGCUCAAAUGCAUUGGCACGAUAGGCAGUUCCGACUACAUACCAAGCGAACUACCUGAGGAAGAUCUCGACAUCCCCGCGCACAUGAUCCCGCCAAAUCCCGAUGAUUCAGACAUCUUGCCUUCACAGGUGCACCCUUCCUACCCCUACGGAAAUCCAACCAACAUAAGACAUCCGGCAGCAAGACCAAGACCGCCUUAUGAUCCGACUUCUAGGGCGCUGUUUGAAGACAUGGGCUAUGCGGGCGGCGGUGUUAAUGGUACCUUGCGCUGGAAAGAUCUAGCCCUAGAACAGUUACUACCUGUUGACGAUGUGAAAGAAGAGUUGAAGAGGGCCGCCGAAGCCAGGAAAAUGGCGAAUGGGGCAACAGGUACAGCGUAUCAUCCUCCGCCACCACCGCCACCGCAGCCCGCUCCUGAUGACACGAUAAACGAGGAAGGGGACGGAGAAGACGAAGAUGGAAGCAGUGAUCACGACGAGAUUGAUGUAGAACCCAGUGAGGAUGAAGAGGAUGAAGAGGAUAUCUAA